AUGGGAGGGUUAGUACUACUGGUAUGCAUGGUUGUGUCAUGGAUGUUCAUACAUAGAUGGAGUCAAAGAAACAAGAAAGGUCCCAAAACUUGGCCCUUUUUUGGAGCUGCCAUCGAACAAUUGAUGAACUAUGACAGGAUGCAUGAUUGGCUCGUCAAUUAUUUGUCCGAGUCAAAAACUGUCGUGGUUCCUAUGCCUUUCACAACUUACACUUACAUUGCUGAUCCUGCAAAUGUAGAACAUGUACUUAAGACCAACUUCAAUAAUUAUCCAAAGGGUGAAGUGUACCAUUCAUACAUGGAAGUGCUGCUUGGAGAUGGGAUAUUUAAUGUUGAUGGUGAGCCUUGGAAGAAACAAAGGAAAACUGCAAGCUUAGAGUUUGCAUCCAGAAAUUUAAGGGAAUUUAGCACCAAAGUUUUCAAGGAGUAUGCCUUGAAACUUUCAGCCAUUCUCAGUCAAGUAUCUAUACUUAACCAAGAAAUAGACAUGCAGGAACUGUUAAUGAGAAUGACUUUGGACUCCAUAUGUAAAGUUGGAUUUGGAGUGGAAAUUGGAACACUGUCUUCCAAUUUACCAAAGAAUAGUUUUGCUCAUGCAUUUGACACUGCAAAUAUCAUAGUAACACUUCGCUUCAUUGAUCCACUUUGGAAGAUUAAGAAAAUGCUAAGUAUAGGCUCCGAAGCACAACUUGAGAAGAGUAUCAAAGUCGUUGAUGACUUCACCUACUCAGUAAUUCGGAAAAGGAAGGCAGAGAUAGAAAAUGUCAAAAAAAGUGGGCAACAAAAUCAGAUGAAGCAUGAUAUAUUAUCAAGAUUCAUAGAACUAGGAGAAAGCAAUGCAACAGACAAGAGUUUGAGAGAUAUUGUGUUGAACUUUGUGAUUGCUGGUCGAGACACAACUGCAACGACCCUAUCAUGGGCCAUAUACAUGGUAAUGACACAUGCUCAUGUUGCUGACAAACUUUACCUGGAGCUGAAAAAUUUUGAGGAGAAUAGUGCAAAAGAAGAGAACAUUUCCUUGCCUCAAUGUGACAAAGAAGACUCUGAAUCAUUCAAUCAAAGAGUAGAGCAAUUUUCAAGGUUAUUGAAUAAAGAUUCACUAGAGAGAUUGCACUAUCUGCAUGCUGUCAUAACGGAGACCCUAAGAUUGUAUCCAGCAGUUCCUCAGGAUCCGAAGGGCAUAUUAGAGGAUGAUGUAUUGCCAGAUGGAACCAAAGUAAAGGCAGGGGGUAUGGUCACUUAUGUGCCAUACUCUAUGGGAAGGAUGGAGUAUAAUUGGGGUCCUGAUGCACCUUCAUUUGUCCCUGAGAGAUGGUUCAAAGAUGGUGUUCUCAAAAAUGAAUCUCCAUUCAAAUUCACUGCUUUUCAGGCAGGUCCUAGGAUAUGCCUUGGCAAGGACUCUGCAUAUCUACAGAUGAGGAUGGUGCUAGCUAUUUUGUGCAGAUUCUACAAGUUCAACUUGGUGUCAGGUCACAUUGUGAAAUAUAGGAUGAUGACAAUAUUAUCAAUGGCACAUGGCUUGAAGGUUACCAUAGAACAACGUUCAUGA